AUGAGCAAUUGUGGAAAGGUUAGUUACAGGUUUCCAUACUUACUUCCUGUUACAACUGGUAACCGCCAGGUAGAAAGUGAUCUUAAUGAUGUGACGGCCAUCAUCUUCGUAGUAGCCUGCAGUAGUUACAACCUUGUGUUGAGGGAAGACCCUAACCAGAACAGACUGAGGGAAUCACUAGAACUCUUCAGAAGCAUUUGGAAUAACAGGUGGUUGCGGACGAUUUCCGUGAUUCUCUUCCUCAACAAGCAGGACUUACUGGCUGAGAAAGUGUUAGCAGGAAGGUCAAAGAUUGAGGACUACUUUAGCGAGUAUGCAAUGUAUACAAUCCCACCCGAUGCCGCUACAGACACUGGUGAACCAGAAGAGGUAUUGCGAGCCAAGUACUUCAUCAGAGAUGAAUUUCUGCGAAUCAGCACGGCAAGCGGCGACGGCCGACAUUACUGCUACCCCCACUUCACCUGUGCCGUGGAUACAGAGAACAUUCGACGAGUCUUUGACGAUUGUCGCGACAUCAUCCAAAGGAUGCAUCUUCGGCAAUACGAGUUGCUGUGACCUUUGACCUUUGGGUCACCCGCCAAGGUCGUGGGAGACUGUUCUUUUGCAAUCACAGCAGCACUAGUCGUUAUUGUCAUCGCCGUCAUCCUAACAAAGAAAUUGGGAGAAGGGACAGCACCCAGAAGAAUAAUCAGAAUUAAUGAGGGUUAGGGGAGAUAUUUAAGAUUUUAAACUCUUUAAGGUAAAAACCAAUCAACGUUACUCCUCUGUUCCCUUCCACCAGACUCUUAAUUUCAGGUGAGGAAAAAGGGAAAGGGGGAGAAAAAAAAGUUGGUGGAAAACAUUUUCAUACCUAAUGGCUGUAUAAAGGCUCUGUAUUGAGUAUGUGGAAAUUCAUUUCUUUUUGUAAAAUUUUUAUUUUUAUUUUGUUUGAAUAUUCUUUGUUGUUGUAUCCUAGAUGAGGAAGCAUUAACAGCAUCAUGAAGUCAAUCUCUUUCAGUCAGAUACUGUGGGUGUUUUAGAUGGAAGUUUGUUGUUUGGAGUCGGCGUGUGUGGUGUUUUAAAAGACAAAAACAAAAAAACAGAUUACUAUUAUAAAUUAGGAACAUUAUGUGAUGACCUAACAAGUUUUUCCUUCUUCUGUUAAAUUCAUUGUGUUGCAAUUUCUCGUAGCUGGCUUCAUAAUUGUUUGUAACAGGCUUUAAGAGCAGUAUAAACUAUAAAUUAAGUUGUAUUUUAUUGGAGGCUGUAGACAGAGUAAGAUAGAGAGAGAGAGAGAGAGAGAGAGAAACUCACAAAUAUCAUGUUUGUUGUUAACAUACCAUAGAAGCAAAAUCUUACUCACUUUCCUAGAAUUUUUAUAUGAUAUCUUUGGUCCCCUCUCUCUCUCUCUCCCUCUCACUUUCUCUCUCUCUUUCCUCUAGAUUUUUAUUUAAAAAAUAGAAUUACUUAUCAAAUUGAUUGUUUUUGCAUUUGAGGUCUGUUUGUACAAUCACAGCUGAUUAUUAAGUCUGUGUUUUUACAUCCAACUACCUUCAGAUAGGUUACCAGGACCAUAACAUGUCGUAAUGAAUUAUUUGUGUCCUUUUUACUAUACUAAAAGCAUGCAGAAUGUGUACAUAUUUCAGAAAUAAAGCAAUUCACACAAUGUCGCAUUGGAAACCAGGAGAAAUUGGAAGAAAAACAAAUAAGAAGAAAACGAACAUGAAAUGUGAAAGAAAUGACUAAUAAUUGCGCUUUUUCAGCAUAAUACCGUUUCUUUCAUAUUGAAAUUGAAAAGAGGAGAAAAGGGGUAGAUCGAUCCUGGUUUUCCUCUUUUUCUUUUGUAGGGAAUGCGUAUGUAAGCACAGAAUUCUGUAAAUAUUAUGUCUUUAUCUGUCCAUAUGUCUUUUCUGUGUGUCAUCUAUCUAUAUUUAUAUCAAUGGUUUAGCCCCCAUUGACAUGCAAUGUUUACUUCGAAAAAUCAACCAAAACGGCGCACGGGAUAAAAGUUCUGGCGGCUUGUACACCCCCCGACCCCCAGUUCUUUUAUGAAUUGAAUCAACACAGCUAAAAAAAGAAAGUGAGAUUUAGAAGUUCUUUUAGAUGAAAUCUAAGAACUGCAAUGGUACAAUAUUAACAGAAAGUCACUUAGCAAAGUUUAUUUGUGGUUAAAUUUGCUAGUAUAAGAUGGUAGAAUCUGCUUUCAGCCUUAUUCCUGUAAAGCUCCUAGCCCAUGUAUUAAAAUUGAUUAGUUUGAUGCUGCGAGUAGUGGUUUCAGUUUUACGAAUAUCAGCAAUGGCACAUUAUAGGUAACGUUAUGAUGACCAUGUUUUUAUUUGUCUUUGCUAUAGCGGGUUACAUUUCUUUUUAAGAACAGCAACUUUUCACAACAAUAUCUAUCUAUCUGAAGUGAUCGUUUGGUAUAUUUUGAAGACUCUCCCGCUUUCUGUAAUAAAAUCAAGUUCAUGUUUGCUGUCUGUCCAAGAAGCAGUUACGGGACAUUUGGGAAAUCCCUCAUGUUAGAAUACAAAACUAUUCAUAACAUGUAGGUACUUAGGUACUCUGUGUAGGCCAUAGUCGGAUAAACACAAGUAAAUGCUCAGCCCUAGUUCCCCUUCUAAAACAUGUGCCAUUUGCAAAACUAUAAAUAACAAACAUGGACCUAGAGUGAAGGGAGUAAGUGGUCCUUGGAAUAUAAAAUAUUGAUAGUGAAAUGAAUGAAAGUUAUGUGUGCUAUUACUCUUAAAUGGUGCAGCAGUCGGGGGUUAUGCAGCGAAAGAUGAGCAUGGUGGAAAUGUUUCCCCGAUCAUGUUUGCACUCGAUGCGAUUGGCACCCACAACCAUUUUCAGAUUGCUCGCUGCAAAAUACAAUAUGAAUGAUAUCCCACGUCAUCUUGGCGGUUGAUGCGUCAAACAUUGCACCGUAGCCUUAUGUGCGUUUCAUCAGAAUUCAGAUCAAAUGGUUGAUUAAUGAGUUAUUAAACCAACAUGGCUUCACUUGUACAGUGUUUUAUUUCAGACGUAGGAAGAGGAAGCUAACUACCAAUAACCAGUUGAUAACCUCUGAUUAUUUGUUAUGUCAUUUGUUUUCAUUUUCCCCCGUUCUCUCGAGCUUUUUCUAUUAAAAUGAUGUACCUAUAAUUAUAUGUGAGAAAUGAUAAAGGAGACGAUUUGAACUGUAGAUAUUUACAAACUAGCAAAAAAUUGUGUGUUGGUGUCAGUAUUGAAUGAUCAGAUGUGAUUAAAAAAAAGUAUGAAGUAAAUAACAUGGACAGAAGAUACUGUUUUCAAGUUUACGAACAUACUACUACUAUUACAAGAUACUACUACUUCUUCAGCUAUUACUACUGUACAACAACUACUACUACUAUCUCUUGGUUUAUCGUGAUUUUAGACAAGAUUUUUAUGAUGUGAAUUGGUAAUCAUGCAUUUAAGCAGCAGACCUGUGUAUUUAAGAGAAAUGUGUUGGGAUACAAGACGACUGUUUUUGUAUAUCAGUGCGAGUGUUGCCGAAUGAAUGAAUGUGGGUGUGCCUGUGUGGGUGUGGGAGUGUGUGUGUGUGUGCCUGAGCAUAUUGGAUGCGCAGGAUUAAGUAUGAAUGUUUUACUCUAGUUCUCUGUGUUCAGUUUUACCUGUUGCCGUAUCGUUGUGUAUCUUCAGGUUAAAGGUACACUGAUCCAUUUCUCUCUUGAUGCAGUCCGACGAUGGUUUCAUUGUCUCGUAAUGCAGGUCAAAGGUUAAACUGUCUCAUUUGUAUAUUAACACUAGCUUAGCUUUGUCGUUGGGACAGAGCCGGAGUGUCACUGCACAAUUUGAAACCAGAUAUGUUUAAUUUUGAAUUGGGGAAUCUAGAAGUUGUCAUUGAUAAUGAAAUGACAUGUGUCAUUAGUAGAAAUGGGUACAGGUCAAGUCAGAAGUAUUUCCCUCUUUCAAAUGAAAAUGCCUCAAAAAGAGUUUGGGAAAUAUGGGAUUUGAUAGAUUAUUUCCUUUUCUCUAAAUGAUAAUCGAUGUCAAAUGUGUUACCGUGAGAAAGGUAACUUAAUUCUCUUUAAAGUGAUGCCAUAGAUGUUUACGAUUACACCUUCGGGCAUAGGAAACAAGCAUUGGAUAUGAUCUAAAUUAAAUACAAAGUUAUCACUAUUUGCCAUAGAGGGUAAAUAAAGGUUUUUUUAUGGAGUAGGAUAUGUUGUUCUCAGUCGGUUCUACCAACUUUGGUAAUUUGUCAACUUUUUAAAUCUUGACCUUAUCCAAAUUAUGAAAGAAUGAAAUUAUGCACCUCCAUAUAAGCCAUAUUAAUCACUUCAAGAGGAUUGGACUCUCUUUCAAAGGGCAUUAAAUAAGAGAAGGCGGUUUGAUUGAUCAGACUCAUUUCAAACCUUUUUUGAGGAGUUGGCAUCUGUUGUAAAAAAUCAAUGGCACAGAAGCUGUCAUUCACAUAUAUCUCAUGAUUACUUUCAAGGAAAUUAGCUGCAAAUAGGCAAUAUCUUCCUGUUAAAUGACACUGAAUAUUAUUGGUCUAAAAUGAUAAUGAAUGAACUCGAGUUUAUAAAAAGAAACCAGGAGAAAUGAGUAGAAAAUCAAAUUAAUUUGUGUGUUUUGUUUCUGUGUCUAUUUUUUCUCAUUUCUUUUCUUUUAUAAGCAGCUUGACAGAUAAUUUAGGUGGUGUAUGUCUAAUUAUGUACACUGUGGAUGUAAAAAGAAGCUUUUGGCAAUAUAUAAGAUGUCUCUCUUAUAUUUCCCGAGGAAAUUUUGGAAUCCGAUGUUUCUUCUCGUCCGACAUUUGUAAUUUGUAUAUAAUUCUGUACAGGUAUAUUAGAAAUGAGUUUAUUAUCAUUCCCAAACAAUAGACUUUUUUUUCUUCUGUUUUGAGUAGAAUUUAUUAAAAUACAAGUAAAUGUGUGAAAUUUCGCUAAAUAUCUUUCUUUUUUUAUGUAGAUAAGUCAAGAUGUUUAUAAUAUGGAAGAGAAGCAUGUGUCACUUAUAAACCUCGGUCAAGGAAUGGGGGAAAACUGCUGGAUUAUUAUAAGAAUGAUAUUAAAGGUUAUCAUGCCAGGCUUACAGGUGAUGGGGCCGACCCAUUCUCACUUAUCUGUGAAACAGAGCACAAUAUUGCUUGACAGCAUGGACAUGAAUAUAUGCUGCUGUGUAAACGGGGCUCACUUCUUGAUCUUGAGGUCAAGAACAUUGAACUUAAUACUUGUAGAAAGUUCAGCAUCAGAGUGGGCAUUUUAAAUUCACAAAGUAAAUUAUUAUUGCCGCCCAUUACAAUAGGAUUAUUCCAUUAUUAAAAGCAUUGAAAAUCAGUAUAGGAUAUAAGAAAGUUAUUUCUAAGCAAGGAUGUGAUUAAAUGAUGCAUCUAUAAAAGGUUUAAGAUUUGUAAUAAUAAUAUUCAUAUAAUAGUGUGUUUCAGCAUCUUCACUAAAUGGAGCUGACCUUAUAAUUAAAGUAUUUAUUAUAAUAAUAAUAAUCAAUUUGACACAGUGAUAUAUUUUGAAUUAUUUAAUAGUAAUGCAAUGGUAAACUACAGAUGGCAAUCAUGCAAACAAUUAUUGCUAAUUAAUUAAUAAUGACUUUUAAUCAAUGGGCUUGAUUAUAUUACAUAUUUGCCAAAAAUCAUGCAUGUAGGGUUUUGCAAUGUGAUCAAGAAAAUUGGUUUAUGCCUUCAAUUGAAAUAUAAGUGAAAAGGGGUCAAAAAGCUUAAAAGGAAGUUGGAUAUUAGAAAGAAUCUGAUAUGGAUUAAGAAAACGUAGAAUGACUGGUCUUACUUUGGCAUGCAGUGGUUCUAAUAUUUUUUUUUUGUUCGUACGAAGAUGGAAAGAAAUUGUCAUAUGAGUGUAUAAAUAUAAACCUGCAAUUCUUGUACAUGUGGACGUUUAUAUCUUGUCUUGGAAGUAAGAAAGAAAGAAAGAAAGAAGAAAAAUCAAA